CCUAAAUCCCCAAAAAAUCAAACCAAAACUUUCCUCUCUCUUCUCGUUCAUCCCCUCCUCCUAUUGGACUUCGCCACACACCAACCAGAUCGGGCAAUAAUCUCAAAGCUUCUCUCUUUUUUAAAAUCCUUCUCCUCCUACCUUUCUUCACUUUCCCGAGAGAAAAAUUGGAACACUUUUAUCUUCUUCGGAGCUGAAAUUGAGAGAUUUUUUUUUUUAUAUCUGUGUCUCUGUCUGAUCUGUCGGAGAGAAGGAGAGGACGUGUCCUUGCAUCUUUGUCUGACUCUUUCUCUAUAAUUUAGCUUAUAAAACAAUGGGAACAAGCGAAGAAAAGACGCCUUCUAAACCAGCAUCCUCAACACAGGACAUUCCCCCCACACCUUAUCCAGACUGGUCUAACUCAAUGCAGGCUUAUUAUGGAGGAGGAGGUACUCCGAGUCCUUUUUUCCCAUCUCCCGUUGGAUCUCCUAGUCCUCACCCUUACAUGUGGGGUGCUCAACACCAUAUGAUGCCGCCUUAUGGGACCCCCGUUCCGUACCCAGCCAUGUAUCCCCCAGGGGCAGUCUACGCCCAUCCUGGCAUGCCCAUGCCUCCUUCUUCUGCUCCAACCAACGAGACCGUGAAGGAACAAGCCCCUGGAAAGAAGUCAAAAGGGAGCUUGAAAAGAAAGGGCGAAGGAGGUGAGAAGGCGCCUUCUGGUUCUGGGAACGAUGGUGUAUCUCACAGUGAUGAAAGUGUCACAGGGGGUUCAUCUGAUGAAAACGAUGAGAAUGCUAACCACCAGGAACAUGGUUCAGUUAGAAAGCCUAGCUUUGGACAAAUGCUGGCGGAUGCAAGUUCUCAGAGUAAUACUACCGGUGAGAUGAUCCAAGGUUCAGUUCCCAUGAAGCCACUAGCCCCUGGGACUAAUUUGAAUAUGGGAAUGGACUUAUGGUCUUCCCAGGCUGGUGUACCUGUGAAGGAUGAAAGAGAGCUCAAGAGGCAGAAAAGGAAACAAUCUAACCGUGAAUCCGCCAGGCGGUCCAGACUAAGGAAGCAGGCGGAAUGCGAACAGCUUCAGCAGAGAGUAGAGAGUUUGACUAGUGAGAAUCAGAGCCUGAGAGAUGAGUUGCAGAGACUCUCUGGAGAAUGUGAGAAGCUCAAGACUCAGAACAGUUCUAUUCAGGAUGAGUUGGUAAGAGUGCAUGGACCAGAGGCCGUGGCUAAUCUAGAACAGAAUGCUGAUGGGUCUAAAGAUGGCGAAGGAACAGAUUAACACACUUAGGAGACAUGCAACUUGAUAACGUAUUAUAAAAAAUAGUUAUUUGUAAACCAGUCUGAAGUUAUUUGAGAUUUACGUGACCAUGAUGACCAUACAACCAUUUGACGUUUUGUGUAAUAGUGAUUACCAUACUUGAUGCUACACUUGUUUGUUUUAUUAGUCUUCGUGAUCGGA